GCCAGCGGAAGUACGUUGAGGGGCGCCGAAAGUGAGGCGCAGCCACGCCCCUUACCGGGGUUUCUGUGGAGCUGUGGCGGUGCCGGCUUCGAGCAUCCCUGCCCUGGCAGGCUGGGGGACUGCGAGGCUGCAGCUCCGGCGGCCAGCUCCGGAGAGGACAUGUCCAGCGAUGACGAUGCUGCCCCCACAGCUGCAGAGGCAGCGGGUGACACCCACCUGCUGGGCUUCUCAGAUGAGAUUCUCCUGCAUAUCCUGAGCCAUGUCCCCAGCACAGACCUGGUUCUCAAUGUGCGGCGUACCUGCCGGAAACUGGCAGCCCUGUGCCUGGACAAGAGCCUGGUGCAUACUGUGCUGCUACAGAAGGACUACCAGGCCAGUGAGGAUAAGGUGAGGCAGCUGGUGAAGGAGAUCGGCCGGGAGAUCCAGCACCUGAACAUGGCAGGCUGCUAUUGGUUGUCUGGCUCCACCAUUGAGCAUGUGGCCCGAUGUCACAGCCUGGUAAAGGUGAACCUGUCUGGCUGCCACCUCACCUCCCUGCGGCUGUCCAAGGUGCUUUCAGCCCUGCAGCACCUGCGCUCGCUGGCCAUCGAUGUGAGCCCUGGCUUCGAUGCCAGCCAGCUGAGCAGCGAGUGCAAGGCCACGCUGAGCCGCGUACGGGAGCUCAAGCAGACACUUUUCACACCGUCCUAUGGUGUGGUGCCCUGCUGUGCCAGCCUGCAGAAGCUGCUGCUCUACUUUGAGAUCCUGGACCGCACACGUGAGGGUGCUGUCCUCUCAGGCCAGCUCAUGGUGGGCCAGAGCAACGUGCCCCAUUACCAGAACCUGCGUGUCUUCUACGCACGCCUGGCUCCGGGCUACAUCAACCAGGAGGUGGUGCGGCUCUACCUCGCUGUGCUUAGUGACCGUACUCCCGAGAACCUGCAUGCCUUUCUCAUCUCCGUCCCUGGCAGCUUCGCAGAGAGUGGGGCCACCAAGAACCUGCUGGACUCUAUGGCCCGCAACGUGGCCCUGGAUGCCCUGCAACUGCCCAAGUCAUGGCUGAAUGGCUCCACCCUCCUCCAGCAUAUGAAAUUCAACAAUCCCUUCUACUUCAGCUUUAGCCGGUGUACACUGUCAGGCGGUCACCUGAUCCAGCGGGUCAUCAAUGGGGGGAAGGACCUGAGCAGCCUGGCCAGCCUCAACCUCAGUGGCUGUGUGCAUUGCCUGUCUGCGGACUCAUUGCUCCGUAAGGCAGAGGAUGACAUUGACAGCAGCAUCCUGGAGACGCUGGUGGAGUCCUGCUGUAACCUGCACCACCUCAAUCUCUCAGCUGCCCACCACCACAGCUCCGACGGCCUGGGCCGCCACCUCUGCCAGCUCCUGGCCCGGCUCUGCCACCUGCGUUCCCUUUCCCUGCCUGUCUGCUCUGUGGCGGACUCAGCACCCAGGCCUGACCGUGCGCCUGCCCCGCCAGCUAUGCACGCGGUGCCCCGUGGCUUUGGCAAGAAGGUGCGCAUUGGGGUGCAGACCUGUCCCAACCCUUUCCUGGGCCAGUCGACCCCCCAGCCUGCCUCUGUGUUCUGGUCUCUGCUGAAGAAGCUCCCUUUUCUGGAGCAUCUGGAACUGAUUGGGUCCAAUUUCUCCUCAGCCAUGCCCCGCAAUGAGCCUGCCAUCCGCAACUCCCUCCCGCCCUGCAGCCGGGCCCAGAACGUGGGGGACUCAGAGGUGGCUGCCAUCGGCCAGCUGGCCUUCCUGCGGCACCUGACACUAGCCCAACUGCCAGGCAUGCUGACAGGCUCUGGACUAGUGAGCAUUGGCCUACAGUGCCAGCAGCUGCAGUCUCUGUCGCUGGCCAACCUGGGCAUGAUGGGGAAGGUGGUGUACAUGCCUGCUCUUGCCGACAUGCUGAAGCACUGCAAGCGGCUGAAGGACCUGAGGCUGGAGCAGCCCUAUUUCAACGCCAAUGCACAGUUCUUCCAGGCACUGGGCCAGUGUUCAUCUCUGCAGCGCCUGUGCCUGGUGUCUCGAAGUGGCACGCUGCAGCCGGAUGCCGUACUGGCCUUUAUGGCCCGUUGCCUGCAUGUUGUCGUGUGUCACAUGUUCACUGGAGAAUCCCUCAUCACCUGCAAGAGCCUGCAGCAGUCGCUCCUCCGGAGUUUCCAGGCUGAGAGGCCCGCAUUGAACGUCGUCAUCUUCCCCCUGCUCCACGAGGGCCUGACAGAUGUCAUCCGAGAUGUCCCCAUGGUGCACCUGGACGAGAUCACCUUGUUUAAAAGCAGAGUGGCUGAGGAGCCACCGAACCUGUGGUGGUGAGAGGGUUGCCUGGCCCCAGCCCCGCCACUCUUGUUAGCAGAGACUCUUUCUGUCUGAGUCUCCACAAGGGUCCAAGAAGCCAGCGGACAGUAGGUCCUUGUUUUGUGAUGGGAAGAAAGAGUUUCCAGUUGUUCUGAGACAUUUACCCCUCUCACUUGCUCUCAAGAAUACUUGGCUCAGUGACAAUGAUCAAGGAGGCCGUGGAUGUGAGAGCCUUCAGGGCCUGGCCACAGUCCCAGGGGCUUUGUGGACUGCAGGCCCCAAUCCACCUGCUUACUUCAGCAUGAGGACUGUCCCUCUGUCCCUUUGUCCAUGGUCAUCUACAGUUGAGUUCAGUUAUGUGACUGUAUCCACAUGGGGUCAGGGUGGGCUGGGCUCUCACUGUGAAAUACCCACAAGGACAUCUCUGAGCCUGUGGCUCCUUUUCCUACUGAGACACAUUUAGGGCAUGGCCCAAUGGCAGAGCACUCUCCCGUUGUGUAUGAGGCCCUGGGUUUCAUCCCCACCACAAAGAAAAAGAAAAUGUUUUAACCCAAUGAUGUCUCUGGGAUGUUUUCAGCCCAAUAAUACCUGUGCCAGAGGGUCCCCUGGGGCAGGAACUGUGGGAUGACAUCAUCCCCAAGCUGAGCCUGAGGAGUUGGGCCUCUGGCUCACAAGGGUCACUUCUCCCCACAGUACAUAGGCUUCUGCUUACAAACUCCAGGUGCUGUGGAGGUCUGAACGCUUCCUAGGAAGUCCACAACCACUGGCCUUGUUAGAACAGCUAAAAACGGUAAAAGCCAGAGCGGGCAUAGGAGGCUGCAGCAGGAGCACAUACCCGUUUCGUCCUUCCAGAAAUUCACUGAGAGCUGUGGGUACUGCUUUAGUUAGUGAGUGUGCAUGGACCCCGGUCUCCAUCCCCAGCACUGCUUACACCUUCAUGGUGUCUCACACCUGUAAUCCCAGCAUUCAGGAGGUCAAGGCAGGAGGUUGGGGCAUCCUCAGCUCCAUAACUGAGGUAGAGACUAGCCUGGGUUACAUAAGAUCCUGUCUUAAUCUCAAUAAAACAAAAAGAAAAAAGAAAAGAAACUUGAGGGAGGACCCAGUGUCUGUGGCCUCACCCUAGUGAGACUAAGAGUCAGUAGCCCCUAGAGGGGACUUGUGAGAGCCUGUAGCUGGAUUGGUCCAACUAGACUCCUGCCUGGCCCUCUCUUGGUGAUGGGUCCCCAUUAUGCUGUGGACAUUGAUCUAGGUAGCUUCCAGUCUGGACAUCUCAGUUCAUGCAGGUUCACCAGACAUUGCUCACUGCUGGUGACCAUCCCAGACCCAGCCUGCCCUCAUCCUCUGUCUCCUUGGCAACAGGUCUUCUUAAGUUGUGGUCUCCUCAGCUUCCCUUCUAGGUAAGGAACAGAGUGAACUGGCCUCUGGGUGUGUGACCUGUGGUCUUGGGCAGGCUGUGCCUAGCAGUUGGAGCCUGGGGAGGCCUGGGGGCUUCUGACCUGGCUCUGGGGAAGGUGUUAGGGAAACAGCCCUCAGUCCCAGGCCCCAAGAGAAGUACUUCUGCCUGGCCCCUGCUCUUCUAGCCCGGUGUUUAUACACAGCCUGCAGUGCCAGCCCCUCGCUCCCCGUCCAGUCUCUUGCUUGAGAGGAUCUUCAUUCUCUGUAGAGCCCAAGGUACUCCCUCCCAGAGGGGUCAGUCAGUCUGUCUGUAGGCCAAUCCCAGGGGAUACCCACCCCACACCCAGAGCUCCUGCCCUCACAGACCUAACACAGUUUCUGAGAGCUAUAAGCUUGCCCUGUCUUUUCCUGGCAUUGCCUGCCAUGGGAUGGGCUGCCAAGGUUCCAGGAGGCAGACUGAGGUCCCAUACAGCUGUAGACAAGGGUCCCAAAGGUAGUGGGACUCCUUCCCCCAGUUUCUGGGCAUGUCUUUAGAGCAUUAAACUGGCACCUGAAGGCCACUGUGUAGGCUUUCCAGGACCAGCUGCUGCAUGUCCUUAAAAUGAGAAUGUGGCUGGUUACAGCCUAGGAGGGAGGCAGGUUGCUUGGAGGUAUCGGUCUCAAGAGGCCUUGUGACUUUUUCCUUUAAAGGAAGUUCCACUCAGCUGGGUGUGGUGGUGCAGCCCUUUAAUCCCAGCACUUGAGAGGCAGAUGAAUCUCUGAGUUCUAGGCCAGCCAGGGCUACAUAGAAACCUUAUCUCAAAAAACAACAAAAACACCAAACAAAUAGCAGCCUUUUUCCUUCAGACAGGAACUCACCUUUCUGCUUGGAUUUUAUUCCAAAGGCCAGAGCUGUCCUGUCAAUCCUGUGAGAGCCAGCAGUUUUAGCCAGUGGUAUCAUUCAUGUCCAGAAACUGGGCUGACAGGAAGGGGCUGCUCACAGGAGGCUGGGGUGCAGACUGUCUGAGGAAGCAACCCCAAGUCGUAGCCUGGUAUUCUUAGUGUCUCUUGCAGCAGUCCUUUGACUUCAAGUGAGAAUUCUCUCUUUCUCCACUGGGGACAGGAUCCACCAGAUGUCAAUAGCAUGCUUAUUUUUGCUAAGUGCUAUUUUGGCACCGGUGUUAAUCACAAUUUAUAGCCUGCAGCAUUUGACGCUGGGAAAAGAACCCACCCUAAUGGUCCCGGAUUGGCAGGACUCGGCUGUUAAGUGGCAGACCAUAUGCUGCCUGCCAAGAAGACAGUGAGUGCUUGUGCUGGGUAUCUAUGUGCCUGAUGCGUGUGUGUGCAAGUAUACAUGGGUGUUUGCACCUGCAUGUGUGUGCAUGUAUACCUAGGUAGGCCUGUGUGCAUGCACACAAGUUUGCAUCUUGUGGUGUGUGUUCUCUGUGGUAGAGAGAGGAGGGAGAUAGGUGAAUUUAUCCUUUGUAAACAGAAAUCCCCUGACCUUCCAUGGCUGCCUGUAUCCCUGCCUCAGCCCAGCCCAGGCUGCUCUUGCCUCUACCUCCUUCUCUAGAUCUUGUGUUGUUUGUUGUUAUAUUUAUUUUGGUUUUUCAAGACAGGGUCUUACUGUGUAGCUCUGGCUGUCCUGGAACUCACUCUGUAGGCCAGGCUGGCCUCAAACUCACAGAGAUCCUCCUGCCUCUGCCUCCCAAGUGCUAAGAUUAAAGGCGUGUGCCACCACUGCCCAGCCAGCCCUUGUGUUUUAUGUCUUGUCUUUGAUGCCAUGUCUCCUAACCCUGUGGCUUGGCACAUACCAGCAAACCAUACUGAGCUCACCGAGUGGCUUUCCUCAUUUUCUCUCUUCUUAAAACUCGAUGUGCAAGUGUGCAUGUAUGUGUGUGCAGGUCUGUAUGUGCCAUGGCACAUGUGCAGAGAACAGAGGGCAAUCAUGGGUGUCUCUUUUCACCUUCCACCUCAUUUGAGACAGGGUUUCUUGAUUGCUGUUGUAUAAGCUAGCUGGCCCAUGAACUUCCAGGGAGUCUCCUGUCUGUCUCCCAUCUCUUGAUGGGAGUUCUGUGAUGACAGAUGUGCACUACCAUGUCUGGCUUUUUGUGGGUUCUGGGGAUCUGAACUUAGUUCCUCAUGCAACAAGUACAUUACCCGUUGAGCUAUCUCCCCAACCUGCUUUCCUGAUUUUCAUAAGGAGGAAUUUUAUCGGCCAGGGUAAGAAGUGUUCUGCUCUUAUAUGACAGGGACAGGCUCUGUCCUGCCAUUGACCCUUGAGGCCUUGUAACAAGGCUAUGAGGUUCAGACCUGGUCUAGAUCUAGGCUGUGGCCAGGGAGGGCUGGGCCCAGACACUGAACCCACUGGGUGCCUCUCACAUUUGGGGAUCCAGGGCAAAUUCAGUGUCUGUCUACCGCAUCAGACAAAGUUAAAAGCUAAGUGCUUAGCAAGAUGGUGGGGGUUGGGCUGGUCUAGGCUCAGAGGGGUCUGUGGGAAAGAUCAGCCCAAGCAGUGGGGCUGUGGGUGCCAAGGGCCAGGCCUCUAUGAGCCAAGGCCAAACCCUCAAGAAGGAUGGACAGCCACCCUAACAUCCCUUGCAAGAGAUGCCAGCAUGCCACCUUCCCUCCAGCCUUUGCUGUGACCUACCCCUUAGAAGAGCUGGAAAUUGCUGAACUCUUACAAGGAAAAAUAAGAGAAGUGUGGUGGGGCAUACCUGUCAUUCCAGACCACAGGAGGUAGAAACAGGAGGAUCAGGAGUUCAAGGCCAGCUUUGGCUAUAUAAGGAAUUCGAAACCAGCCUGGGCUACAUGAAACUCUGUACCAUAUAGAGAUGAGAGAGAGAGAGAGGAAAUUUUGAAUGGGAUAUGAAAUGUGACUGCAGGUAGUGAGUCCUACAUUCUUCCUGUGGAUGUCACCAAUUCACUAGUACUUGCAAUUAUUAGCAGCAUCCACUGCACUGUUGCAAGGGUUUUGUGACUGGUCUCAUCUGCAUUUGGGGCUGCAGGGUACAAUAGAAGUUACUAGGCUCUGUCAAUACUGCAUGGGGGUCUAGACCAGCCGUGGGUACUAUGUUAGCUGCUCAGUGGUUGCACUCUUACAUCUCUUUGGAGGACCACCAGUGGGUGGGCUUUUCUUUGAAUUAUUGGACCAGGAGCUUGGCUGAACCUGUCCCGCCCCAGGCAGACCUGGCAGGCUCCCAUAGGGCUGCCUGCAGCGGUGCUGUUCAGGGAGGCCAGGGUCCCUGAAGCUGCUGCUGCUAAUGCUGGCCUGGAACCUGCCUCAGAACCUGGGGCUGCAGAUGGGGCAGGCUUGACUCCAUCCAAAGCCCUGACCUCUGUGCUGACGAAGUGUUCAUGGGUUGCUGUGCAAGGAAUAUGUGUACGAACAAGGGUUUCCACAGUAAGAGUGUGCGUGCAUCUGUAGGUGUGUCUGUGUGUAUGCACACACAAGAGCACAUGUCUAGGUAAUAGCGUGAAGCCUCUCCUAUGCCACUUCUGACCAUGACAGACUGUGUGUAACUUUACCUGGCAGCAUCUGAGUGGAGUGUUUUGUUUUGGGGCAUGGGGUAAGGCCUUGUGACCAGGUGCUAAGUGACCAUCCCCACCUCUUUUGAUGACAGACUGCCCUGACUCCUGUCUAUCUUGGAGAACUGCCUGUAGUUGGUAUCUGGUAGUGACACUCACCCAGGUGUCUCUGUGGUGCUGACAAACUACAUUCUGAAUGGCUGUUCUUAAUGUAAAUUUGUGGCAUGUAGAAAAUCUCAAAUAAAAUUACCUUGAUUUAGAAAACCA